AUGGCUGCGACGGAUCGUGACGCGCUGGUGGAAAUUUUUGUUUCGGCCGGCGGGACUAUAUGGAAGAUAAACAACGGGAUCAAAGUCGACGGCCAGGGUCGCAUCGUGGAGCUAAGACUUCGUGGGAACGACCUCCGAGGUUCCAUUCCCAAGGAGCUGGGCGCACUGACCAACCUCGUGAGCGUUUACCUCGUCGACAAUGAGCUAAGUGGUCCCAUCGCUAAUGAGCUGGCCGCCCUCACCAACCUCGGGAGCCUUUACCUCAACGGCAACAAGCUAUCAGGUUCCAUCCCCAAGGAGCUCGGCGUACUCACCAACCUCGUGAGCCUUUCCCUUGGCAACAACCAGUUAGCGGGUACCAUCCCGAAGGAGCUGGCUGCCCUCACCAACCUCGAGCGUCUUGACCUCGGCACCAACCAGCUAACUGGUUCCAUCCCCAAGGAGCUGGCCGCCCUCACCAACCUCAGAACGCUUAAGCUCUCCGAGAACCAGCUGACAGCUUUCUGGGACCACAGCACAGACGUUUCACCCGACGAAGAGCUGCUGCAAGGGAACUUAGCUGGUAGCUCUCUACCGAAACAACUGGAAGCACUGCUGGCGACGCUAUCACAGCUGGGGCUACAUGUCCACACAAACCCGUGGCAAGAACCGCCAGAAGCGGUGGUGAGCAAGGGGAUACCAGCAGUGAGAGAGUACUUCACCGAUCUGUUUGCAGAAGGCAUCGCUCCUGUCGGGCGAAAAAUGAUCAAGGUCAUUCUUGUCGGACAAGAGGGUGCCGGGAAAACUAGCUUGCGCCAGAGCUUGAGGACUGGGCGACCUACCCCUACCAGUGGACCCGAGGAAAGCACGGUACAGAUCGACGUCGAGCAGAUGGACGUCAACGGCGUCACCCUUCGAGUGUACGAUUGCGCAGGACAGGUCGCCUACACCGGGCUGCUGCAGAUGUUCCUCUCGCCUCGAGCCGUGAGUCUCCUCGUAUGCGACACCGGUGCGUUCGGGCAGCGGGACGGUAGUUUGACCGACAGCGACCAGCUGAAGAAGGACUUGAACAAGCUCCAAGAACUGCGUGUGUGCGACUGGUUGCGCUCGUUAUCGUUUCGCAUUCCCGAUAGCGACGUCGUCAUGGUCGCAACCAAAUGUGAUCUCGCAGCCGGAAUGGCCGCUGAUGCGGCAGCGAGAAUGGCGGGCGGUGCUGGGAAUUGGAUAGAGAGUUGGUCGGAUGCUCAAAUGACCGCUGUCCGUGUUGAGGAUGGCGUGAACCUUACGAGCUGCUUCGCGUCAACCCCUAACGAGGAUGGAGGCGCAGCGUUGGGGACGAGGGAGAGUCCGGAGGAGCAAUCAACGUGGGCCUGCGACUGGAGCGACGGAAUGUGCGUCGAGUCUCAGCCGAGUUUGCUUCACCGGGUCAUGUACAACAACAAGGGUGAACUUCGAGGUGCAUCUCUCGUGCUCCCUCGCAGCUGGAAUAUCGGUCUUGGGGUGCUUGAUGCUCUCGGGAGCGGCAGGGACCCCGUAGAAUCGGCUCAACAGAUGGUUCUCGCAUCGGGUGGACCGAAAGGCGCCGCAGAGGUCGUCCCCGCAGUCUACCAGCGCAACCAGGGCGUAGGAGGUCUAACCCGGGCAGACCUUUCGACGAAAUGGAAUGACGUGGUCGCAGCCCUUGAGGAAGACGGAGUAUCAAUCGUCAACCCUGACCACGCUUUGGAAGGCGCACUCCUUAUCAGAGAGCACGAAGGUUCUUUGGUCCGGCACGAGACUUACGUCUUUCUUGACGUAACGUGGCUGGCCCAAAUCCUGAAGCCACUCCUGAACCACAGGGAUGACGAGGAUCCACUUCGUGGCGAUGUGUCCCUGGGCGACACAGGCAUCACGCUGAAGGAGGACAAGCACAUCGCGUCUUGGAAUAGACUGAAAGGACACGGUGUCCUUGAACCGGAGCUUGCCGGAGUGUUGUGGCCUGAUGGUCUUAGCAACUACGUCCUCCCCACGCUUGAUUCGCUGGGACUCACAUACCCACUAGACGAUGAUCCCGCCGAGGGGCUUGUUGUUCUUCUCAGACUCGAUGAAAAACGCCCCGAAGAUGUAGGCAAGGAGCUGGACGACUUCCGCCGCGACCACACAGCCGUGCUCAGCGUGAAGUGGAAGAUUUUUCUUGGCGUGCCCCCUGGGGCCAUCGAAAAGAUGCUCACGCGAUGCUGCAGAUUAGGCACCCUCCGAACGUUUUGGCGCUUUGGCGUGCUGGUGCAAGGCAGCCUAGGUGGGGGCAUGGCCGCAAAGACUUUCGCGUUGCUGAUAGAAUAUUCGCACGACACGUGUGAGGUCGACAUGGAGGUGUACGGCAGCAUCAGGACCGCAGCUCCCUGGGCGGCACUCUCCUAUGGCAUCUCGGUGUUUCAGGCGAUGUGCUCCGAAUUUCCUGGGCUGCGAUGGCGCGCCUCCCUCAAAUGCCCUCAGCAUGAGCAAGAUAUGCAGAUCAGCAGGACGGCCACCCGGCGUGGCGACAAGCUAUUGCAUGGUGCGACUUGCAACCUUUGCGACUCUGAGACAGGAGGGCUUGGGGCGGCCGCCAUAGACCUCCUCGAGAUGGUCGACAUACGUCGGAGCAGAGGCGACCUCGUCCGGGCGGUGAACAGGAGGUUGGUUAAAGCUCAGGGCCGGUACCCUGUCCUUUGUCUAGGGGCAACGCGAGCCCUUCAUCCUGAACUAGCCCAUCGUCUAUCCGACGCGUGGUGGGAGGGCGUCAAAGAAGAUAUAAGCGGCAUACUUCGCGGCGCCAGAGGACCGAGCGACGGGGAGGCUGUUGCGAGCACAGCUAGCGUUGCUUCAGACGAGAUGGCGAGGCUUGAGCGGUUAGUUACCGACCUCCAGCAGCAAGUGGGACGACAACAUCAGGAUGUACGAGAGCAGAUUGGAGCCGUAGACACGCGCUUGGUGGACAUGAUCGAUGCAGACGAUGGGGUGAUGGGUAGGCUCGACUUCCUCGUGGUGAUGAUGAUGGCGAUGAGACGCGAUGGGUUCGAAACACCUCGCAGGGCAUGCGUCCUUCCCCCGUGGAACUUCGCGCAAGGUCAUGGCUUGUCCGCCAAGGAGCAAGCACCGGAGCGUUGGGUCAAACGACUGGGCCAGUGGCGAGAGGACGACUUCAAGCAGGGAAAGGGGGUCUUCAAGAAGAAAAUGCGGCUGUUUCUGGUAUGUGCGGCAACACAUCGACUUGUGCCGUGUGGGCCCAACGGCCAGGGCUACGAUAUCCAGCACCCCCGUACUUGGUUCCGCAUGUCGGUGAGCGUGGCGACGUUUGUGCUGCAGGUGGUAUGCGCCACGUUGGCCGCGAUAGCUGCAGCACCUCUGUCGGGGGCCGGUGCUCUUGCAGAAGAAACGUUUUCGGCGGCAUUGGGGAGCAUGGAGAGUAUGCUGAAGGCUCAGCUAGCAGGGCAAACUCUCGACGAUGGUGGCGUAGAUGCAGCCGCGGAAACCCAGCUGGACGGAGGGGCGUAUGCCUCUCUGCGUGUGUUCAUCCACGGGGUGGAAGACACUGCUCGCCAUGAGAUUGCCAAGGCGACGAAGAAGGCCCACAGAGAGCGCCGCGCCCCUCCUAGCUCAUCGGAGUUCGUGUUUUUCGAGCAGAAAAUGGUCCAGGUGCAGAGGCGUGACGGCGACGCGGCAGCGCAGUGGGUGUUGAAGGAACAUGAGUCUGCGUGGUACGAUCAGACGAGAUCAGCCCCAGUGUCGUAA